AGCGCCGCAACAUCCAGCGGGCGAAAUCUCUGACGUAACCUCGCCGAUUUGCAUAUUCGCUUUUAGGAGAACGCCAUUGGUCCCUGAAUCCGCCCCCCGCGCUCGGCGCGCUGUGCGUCGUUAGUGGGUUGAGCAAACAUCGUUUGAAUGCCGGGAAGCGGUCAUUGGUGAAUCAAGCUGUCUGCAGUAACGUCAGGAGAUUAGUGAAUCGCAGCUGGAAUGCGAGCUUGAUUCACAAAGGCAAGAGAGGGAGACAAAGCCACCGCGCAGAAGAUACGCACUCCGGACUGCCACAUCCCGCACAGGUACCGAAAAAACCGCGUCGACUUACUCCAUUAGAUCAUCCUGCAUCUGCACAGCAGUGCUUUGACAGCCAUGAAGGGAGAGCAUUUAUUUGCCAACAUGAGAAGCGCUCCAUUCUUCCAGCGGGUUUACCUCCUAGGAGGAGAAGAGCUGGUAGUCCUGCAGUCCACCAUGGGAGAGUCCUCACUGGGAGACAGUUUCCAACAAAUCACCGACUUCAAUGAUCUCCCCAUGUCCCUCUUCGCCUGCAAUGUGGACCAAUCAGUAUUUGAAGACCAUGAGGGCAAGAAAAUGUUCGAGGCGCUGUUUCUCGCGUAUGAUGAUGGUGUGACAUUCCAGCAGUUUAAGAGCUUCCGACGUGUACGAAUCAAUUUUAGUAACCCCAAAGCAGCAGCCAGUGCUAGAAUAGAGCUGCACGAGACACCUUUCAGAGGAAAGAAACUUAAACUCUAUUUUGCCCAGGUGCAGAACCCAGCAUCCGAAGGAGACAAUUUGCACCUGGCUCCUCCCCAGCCUUCCAAACAGUUCCUCAUCUCGCCUCCUGGCUCACCUCCAGUUGGCUGGCAACAGAUUGACGAGGCCACACCAGUUAUUAACUACGACCUGCUUUAUGCAGUUGCCAAGCUUGGCCCAGGUGAGAAGUUUGAGCUACAUGCAGGCACAGAGUCUACGCCCAGCGUUGUGGUCCAUGUCUGUGACAGCGAUACAGAUGAGGAGGAGGAACCAAAGAACAACCCUAAACCAAAAAUCAUCCAGACCCGACGCCCAGACCUGCCAGUCUCACACUGAACUCUACAGCUCCGCACAGAGUCAGGAGGAUUUAUCCCCUCCACCAUCUCCUUUACAGGACCUCUGCCACCCUCCUUCAGAACCUUGUGAAACACACAACCAGGGUCUGAGGGACUCUAAUAUGUGUUUCUCAUUCAGCACAAACAUGUAUACAAUACUAAAUGUGCUGUCACAAUUUUUUUUAUGUUGCAAUACUCUGUGUUAAAUAUGGCUGCUCUCUGUAACUCUUUCCCAAUCUGACUCUGUUGUAAUGUCAUCUGAUCACCAGUUAGAGGCAGCAUGUACCCGUCCCUGCUCUCACCUACAUUUCUGAUUGGCUCCUGGGCUGUGGCACAUGAUAAUGUCAGAUGUGCCUACUGGCUGAUAGCUGGCCACUUGGCUUUGCUCUUGCACCACAACUAUGUACCAUUUGUACCCAGCAAGCCAUUAAUAAUAUUACAUUCUUCAUAAGGGCAUGCUAGCCGCUAAAUGUGUCUAAACACCAGCGCUGCAUGUGGCACCCUUAGAAAUAUAUCUUUCCUAACAAAUUUCUGUUAAAUAACCCUAGUAUGGCAAAAGGAUCACUUUUGCAGAGCAAAAAGUGCAGACCACAAGAAUCAUUCUCUUCAGGCCAGUGCAUGUUCUGGUAGCUGUGUUUUCCGCUGUGUAUAACUGUCUAUGUGUCUCGCCAACAGUGUUCUUACAGAAAAACGUUAAGCUGACAUUUUGACCACACCUUUCAGUGGAACCUAUAUAAGUUGCUUCCUCAAUGUGAUUUUUUUGUUUUUGUUUUGUCGUGUUUGUGCCCUUUUGAAGAUGGAAACCUUAAAGAACUUUUUUCUUCUGUAAGCUCUCAUUAGAGAUUAGAUGACAUCAAUGGGUAAUCAGAUGUCAUUUAAUGAAGUCUGUAUUAUGCACGGUUACUCGUUUCUAGAAUUUAAUGUAGUUGUCCAAAUCCACAGCUCUGCUCGUAGUCUGAGACUUUCGCACACAAGUUCAUUUCUAAUCAUGUCAAAGAAAACAUGUACAGUAGGAUGCUACUGAGACAGAUCUUCCAAGUGCUAUUACACAGUGGGUAACAAAAAGCAAAAGUUACGA